AUGGCGCACGAAGCUGAAACAGUGAGCACCCACACCGUCAAGAACGACGCAACAACCACUAUCGUUACCCGCACUACAACAAUCGUCUCCGAGCACCAAGAAAUCCUCGCCGAACCCAAGGACUCUUCUCCAGGAGUCGUCGAGAACGUCCGUCGCACCUUCCGCGACUACUGGUUCCCUUCCCAUCACCACCAUAACGAAGCAGAGGAGGAAGAGGAGGAGGAGGAGGAUGACGAUGGGGAUAACGAGACGGAGUACCGUGAUCCGGCACGGUGGAAGGUCAACGGGGUGAUGCGCAGGGCGUACGACUACUGGAAGACGCUCACCCAGGACGCGGAUGAGGCCGCCAAGGAGCUGGUGAACGAGGCCAAGAAGGCUCGUGAUGAAGCCGCUGCCGAGGCCCGAUGGGCCAUUCUGGGCUACAAGGCGGAGGCGAGAGAGGUCUAUGAGGCUGCGGAAAAGAAGUAUAAGGAUGCGCUCGCGGCUGCUGAGCGGGUCCAUGAAGAAGCCCACGAGAAGGCCAAGCACAAAUGGUUCAAGACUGUUGAUUCGACUGAGAAGGAGGUUGAGGAGAUCAAGGAUCAGGCUUCAGAGGUUACGCAUCGCAAGUGGGAUCAGUUCAAGAGCGCGGUCAACUCGCUUGCGUAUAACCCUCCCAAGUAUGCAUGCUACCCUUCUGGAUCGCAGUACUGGUUCUCGACUGGUCCUCCCGUUGCGAAUAGCUGGGAUUGUAGGGAGAUCUGGGAUCAUCCCCGUCGGAAUGACCACAGUCAUCAAUCGAUCAAGACUUUGCCCAAGAAGCAUCUCCCCCUCGAGAAGGUCCAUGAUACCCUGACGGGGCUCUUCCCCCAGGCUGGACUCAAGGCCAAGCAUGCUCCGUCGGCGAGUUCCUUUGAGGCCGGUCUCAAGCCCGUCCGAGAUCAGUACCAUAAUCUCCUGGACCGUGUCGGUCGUGCGGACGAGAAGGCUAUCGACGAGUUGGACGAGAUGGUCGACAACAUCAAGGCCAAGCUGAACGAGCUCAAGUUCUAUGAGGAGCAGACCGACUCCUGGUUGACCUCCCAGUGGAACGCCGUCGUCGACAAUGCCGGCGACCAUAAGGACCACUACCAGCGCGUCUUCAAGAACACGCUCAAGAGCGUCAAGAACACCCGUACAGAGAUCUACAACUCUCUCCUCAACAACCUCCAGCGUUCUAUCAACGUCGCCCGCAACAACAUCAACGAGGCCGUCCGCGCCACCAAGAACUCGGCCGACAAGUCCCGUGUCCACAAGGCCAUCCAGGACGCCAACGAUGCCUUUACGACAACCCUCAAGGACGCCGAGGCAAAGAUCAAGGCCGCCCCCCGCAACGCCUACGACAAUGCCAUCGACGCCUUCAACCGCGACACGGCUCACCUCAAGGCCAAGCUCGAGCAUGCUGCCCAUGCCGCGUCCAAGUCUGGAUCCUCCAUCUCCCACCAUGCUUCCAAGUCUGGCUCUUCGGCCAUCCACCACGCGUCCAAGUCCGGCACCUCUGCACUCCACAAGGCCUCCAAGUCAGCCUCAUCGCUGUCCAACCACGCCUCAAAGUCCGCCUCAUCCGCCGCCCACCGCGUCACAGGCGACGCCAAGAGCCUGGCUGACGACGCUGAGAGCAAGUACCACUCUGCGACCGACAAGGCCCGUCAGGGCUACGAGCAUGUCACAGCCUCCAUCAAUUCGAAGUGGGAUUCUGCCACUGGUACACCUCUGUCCCCUGUCCAAAAGGUCAAGGCGGGUUACCACAAGACUUUAGAUGGAGUUCAUCGUCAUUGGUUUGCAGAUACCGAGGAGACUCGCGAGUUGAACGCUAGCUCUGUGUAUGGAUCGGUCUUGGCGGUCUACUUCAUCUACCUUGCUUUCCGCAUCUGGCGCUCCAAGAGACUUGCUCGCAUGGCUGAUCCCAAGCAAAAGACCUUUUCCGUCGUCAAGAACACCGAUCGCCACGACGGAACAGGAGAACACUCAGGAACGAUCGAAAAACACCGCACAAAGCCCAGCGCAGAAGAAUCCCUCGCCCAGGAGCGCGACGCCUUUGGCACCGUUCUUAUCCAAUUCACAUCCGUUGUCCCCGUGACUCUAAUCCUCCUAGUCCUCCUAGAACUCAGCGGCUUCUCCCGAGCAGCAUUGCAUACCUUGUUCGUGGGCUUGAUCACGGCUCAAGCGAUGCAGGGUGGACUUUUCAACGAUGCGUUGAAGGCGAUGGGCAUUGUUGACGGUGUUCAUGCUUCGAGCCGGGACGUUGGAACCUAUAUCUCGUGGGGUGUUCUUGCGCUCGCUGCCACCGCUAAUGCCCUCAAGGUUCUCCAGGCCCAGGCUGCCUAA